GACACACCGUCACUCACGCGCUUGGCAAUGGUUGCUAUGGAAGGUCAUCAAAUGCAAAGGCGACUGAACCAACAGCAGUCUGCUGUUAAGCAUUAAACCUUCCGGCAGGACAGGUGGAGGCGGAAUGAAAUACAGAUCCCCUGAGCUUGAAGGCACAAUAAUUAGGAAACCGUAAGGUCUCACGUUUUACGUAUCUCAGGAAUGUUUUUCCAGCAGGAAGAGUAAGGGAGUGAUUAAGUCUGUCAGAUUCAGUAUGUCUGCAUGGGUGCAGCAGGAGGCUGCUCCAACCUGUUCUGCUGAAGCCAAGAAAUCAGAGCCCAGAGGUCAAGAGAGGAAAUGCUCAUGGGCGUCUUUCAUGACUAACUCCCCCACCGUGAUUGUCAUGAUCGGCCUCCCUGCCAGAGGCAAGACGUACAUGUCAAAGAAACUCACACGCUACCUCAACUGGAUAGGAGUUCCCACAAAGGUGUUUAACCUGGGGGUGUAUCGAAGGGAAGCAGUUAGAGCAUACAAGUCUUAUGACUUCUUCAGACAUGACAAUAAGGAAGCCAUGAAAAUACGAAGACAAUGUGCCUUGGUGGCCCUGCAAGAUGUAAAGAUCUACCUGAAUGAGGAAGGUGGACAAAUAGCUGUAUUUGAUGCCACAAACACAACCCGGGAGAGACGGGAUCUUAUAAUAAAUUUUGUACAGGAGAAUGCAUACAAGGUGUUUUUUGUGGAGUCAGUAUGUGAUGAUCCAGAUGUUAUUGCAGCUAACAUCCUGGAGGUCAAGGUUUCAAGUCCAGAUUAUCCGGAGACACACAGAGAGAGAGUCAUGGAGGAUUUCCUGAAACGCAUAGAAUGUUAUAAAGUCACUUACCAACCACUAGAUCCUGAUGAAUAUGACAAACAUUUGUCCUUCAUUAAAGUGAUGAAUGUGGGCCGUCGGUUCCUGGUGAACCAUGUUCAGGACUACAUCCAGAGCAAGAUUGUCUACUACCUCAUGAACAUCCAUGUGCACUCGCACUCCAUCUACCUGUGCAGGCACGGAGAGAGCGAACACAACAUCCAGGGCCGCAUUGGAGGAGAUUCUGAACUUUCCCCCCGAGGGAGACAGUUUGCAAGCGCCCUACAUGAGUUCAUUGAGGAGCAUAAGCUGUCCAACUUGAAGGUUUGGACCAGCCAGUUAAGGAGAACCAUCCAGACGGCUGAAGAGCUGGGAGUUCCAUAUGAACAGUGGAAAAUCCUCAAUGAGAUAGAUGCUGGUGUAUGUGAGGAGAUGACCUAUGAAAUGAUCCUGAACACAUUCCCAGAAGAGUUUGCUUUAAGGGAUCAGGACAAAUAUCACUACAGAUAUCCAGGAGGAGAGUCAUAUCAGGACCUGGUUCAGCGACUGGAGCCUGUGAUUAUGGAGCUUGAGAGACAAGGCAAUGUACUGGUCGUCUGCCACCAGGCAGUUAUGCGCUGCCUACUAGCCUAUUUCUUGGACAAGAGUGCAGAUGAUCUCCCCUAUUUGAAAUGUCCCCUUCAUACUGUCAUGAAGCUCACUCCUGUUGCUUAUGGGUGCAAAGUGGAGAUGUUUUAUCUGAAUGUGGAGGCAGUGAAUACACAUCGGGACCGACCACUAAGUAAAGUCAGACGAGGCUCCGCCCCUCUGCUAAGGCGGAAUAGUUACACCCCCCUCUCCAGUCAUGACCAGGUUAAGCGGCCCCGCCUCUACAGCACUGGCAACUGGCCCUGGCUGCCCCUCACCCCCUCCCCCACCACCCUGCACAACCCUGAUGCACCAGACGGGGCGCUGCUGCUUCAGCAAAGCCAAUCUAAUGUGGUUGGUAGUCAUCUGACUCUUUGUGUGAAGGAAUCAACUUUGACUGCCCAGAUGAAGUUAAUGACUGUUUCCACUUCUGAAUGAGAGGGGGGAACUUCCAAAAUCCUGCAUAAAAAUGAAACUUUGCUCUUAGAUUCUAUCAGCCCCUUGCAUGACAAAUCACUACUGCUAUGACUACAACGAUUCAUGUAUCAUCAUGAGAUAUAUUGUAAAUGUGUGUGUGUGUGUGUGUGUGUGUGUGUGUGUGUGUUUAUAUACAAAACUUACAUAUACUUAGUUAUUUUAAGUGAUGAUGUCUUAUUGAAGACUGAACAAAGGAGAUCCUCUCCAUGAACUGAAUGUGAUCUGUUAAGUUGGUCACAAUGUGGGUUGUGCAAAUGAUGAUAACCUUCAUACAGAGUUUGUGUUGCAAUCGUCUAUGGUUGCAAUAGAGUGUUAUUUGCAACAAUGCAUUUUCACAAUCAUAACUAUUACAACAGACUGUAGUCAGUUAUCAGAAAGAAGAAAGGCUUUUUUCAGGGAAUCAAUGGGACAGAGAUUUGACACCGAUAGAGGAACAUUUGAUAUAUUAUAAGUAUGUUUUGCAGAUUGUGGCUUAAAAGUAAUGCACUUAAUGAGAGGUUUUAAAUGACAAUGAAAUAUUUUUGUCUUAAUAAGAAUGAUACUCUUGUGGGAUAUUGUACUAAGUUCAAGCUAGUGAUGUAAUAUUUUUAUAGAAAUGUAUUUGUGUGUCGCUUCACAACAAAAUGACGAGGAUUUGUAGGAUGUAGUAUUUAAAUGAAGUAUAUUUUAUAGAUCAGGUCACUGUUGGAGAUGCUAGCAAAUAUAGUUGUUUUUAUUAAGGUUUUGAAUGUAGUCUGUGCUCCUUAAGCAAGAAAUGUUUUCUCUGGUUAUGUGUUUGUUAAAACUGGAAUUGCUAUCUUAAAAAGUCGGUUUAUAUUUGUGUGUGAGGUGCUGCACUACUCACAUUUUACAUCUGAAUCUCAACAGCAUGUCUUCAACUGUUAAUACUGCGUUAAAUAAAUUUGACUUUCUUAUGGU